AUGCACAUAUUGUCACUGUUGGAAGUAGUGAAUUUAGAAGGGCUAUGGCUCAAAUUACGAAUAAAAUUUGGACAAGUCAACAUCAAAUUUGGUACGUUUUCAACUUUCAUUUGUAUUUUAAAAUACUUAAAAUUUUAGUGCUAGCAUCUCUAGUCAUAAGCGCAUUUCUACUCUACGCUUCAUACCAUCUCUACAACGAUUACGAUGACUAUUUUGUCAAAAACGAAGUUGUGCUUCAGUUUGAAGCUGACUUAGUAAUGGAUUCGUUUCAAGCCAAGUUUAAAAACAAACGUCAGAAAUAUAAAAUGAUGCGCGCUAAUCCGAAAGAUUGCCAAGGUAAAGAUUUGGCCGUACUUGUUAUGUCAACGGUGGCGGAGAAUAGUGCCAAGCUAAGAGAUGCGAUGAGACGGGUCAUGUUUAGGGAUGUGAGUUGAGUUUAUUUUGCUUUAUUUUGGCCUACUUCAUUUUAGAAUGCUUUUGCUCUAAUCUACUACUAGCUCUGGCUUUGCUCUGUUUUUGACCUCCCUUUGCCCUGCCUUUUUCUUGCCUUUGUCUUGCCUUUGCCUGCCUUUGCCCUACCUUUUCCUUGCCUUUGUCUUGCCCUGUUUCUGCCCUAAUCUAUUCCUAGCCUUUGCUUUGCUUUUGCAAGUUCUAGUUAUAGACUUAGCUCUAAAAUUAUACACAUUCUAAUAUAACCUUCAGAAUCCUCGAGUAGUCCACAAAUUUUUUAUUGGCUAUGACGAAGAAUUCCCAGCUUCAACUCUGGUCGACGAGAUGAACCAAUACAAUGACAUUGUCUACUACAGUGGUAAAGGCGACUACCGUAACAACUAUCUUAAGUGGUACGCUAUGUAUCAAUGGCAUGCUGCUUAUUGUUCAAAUGUGAAGACGUUUGUUAAACUGGACGAUGAUACGACCGUUCACAUUCCUAGGUUGUUACAAUGGAUUGACCGGGAUUUUAACUAUUUGACGAGAAACGUUGACGACUAUCUUCUUUGUUGUUUAUUCAUUGGCAUGCUGCCGUUGAGGGUUAAGGGGGAUCGGUGGUGAGUUUGAUAUUUAUUAUUAAACUACAAUAUAAAUGUCAUAUCACUUUAGGUACAUAUCCCCAGAAGAAUACCCUAACCUAGUAUGGCCUCGAUAUUGUGUUGGAUUCUUUGUCCUAACAUCGAACUCAACUGUUCAAAAAUUGCUCGCAACAGCUGAAAAAGUGGACUUUUUCCCGAUGGACGACGUUCUUUUGGCUGGGGCUGUACCCGAAGCUGCUCAGAUCCCGAUCAUGGGCUUUGCUGGGAUUCGUUCAGAGCCAACAGUACGGUUAUGUUCUCCUGAUGGGUUGCCGUACUCGUUUACGCGGCACAACAGCAAGUAUGCUCAUAUGAUUGAGGAGGACUAUCAACUUUUGGAUGACAUUAAAUGUGCUGUAUAUUAA